AGUCGUCGCUGCUCUGACCGUUUCUUGUAGCCUUCCACCACACUUCGUCCAAACAAUCGGAAAGAUAUUGUAAUGGCUGAUAGUUUUCUAUUCUGUGGCUAAUUUCAAACUGCGUGGAACGGAACUAAAAGUUUACUUGAGUUGUAGAGACAUUGCACAACGUUACGUCACUCCCAGCAAUUAGUGAAGGCUGGUGUUUGGAAGCGAGGAAAACAGCGGAAGAUAAGCCAGCAGUACCGGAUCGUCUUCUCUACCAGAGGCAAUAUUUCCCGGCGUUCCAUAACCGGACAUCUUUAUCACAACAUGAAGAGCAUUCUCAUUACCGGCUGCAACCGUGGCCUCGGAUUGGGACUUGUUAAGGCUCUCGUUGGGUUGCCGACCUCGCGUCCCACACACAUCAUUGCAACAUAUCGUGAUCCGGGGACAUCGGGGGAGCUGUUAGAGCUGGCCAAACAGCAUUCCAGCAUCAUCCCUUUGCAAUUUGAUGUGAAAAAUUUCGACCGCUAUGAGGAGUUUGCCAAAUCCGUUGAAUCGGCCCUGCAGGGAGACGGUUUGAACGUGCUAUUCAACAACGCCGGUAUUUCUCCCAAGUCGACUCGGUUGAAUUUCACGAAAAGCGACGACCUGGUGGACACGUUCGUCACCAAUACGGUGGCGCCGAUAAUGAUGACUAAGGCGUUUGUGCCGUUGCUGCGGAAAGCAUCGGAAGGCAACAAAGAUGCAUCGGUCGGGUCGCAUCGCGCCUGCAUCGUCAACAUGAGCUCGAUUCUCGGCUCCAUUGAGGCAAACGUAGACGGCGGUCUGUACGGAUACCGAACUUCGAAGGCAGCACUGAACGCAGCUACUAAGUCCAUGAGCAUUGAUCUGAAGGCGAACAAAAUUAUGGCCGUUGCGAUGCACCCCGGUUGGGUCCAAACUGAUAUGGGUGGCACAAAGGCUCCAUUGACGGUGGAGCAGAGCUGCACUGGCAUGGUAAACACAUUACUUUCCCUCAAUGAGUCACACAAUGCCGGAUUUCUGCAGUACGAUGGCAAAAAGUUGCCAUGGUAGGAUGCGUUCGAACGAAACGAGCAACAGGUAGCGUUCGGAUCGAGUAUUGCAUUUCCUAUGAUGGUUGUAAGAUCUCUGAUGGUGCAUGAAUGCAGUUCUAAUAAAUGUUUAACUUUGCUAACUUUUGAUGUCGAAUAGCACUGAUGAUAAAACACAAAUACUGUACCCCGGCGAAACUUGA